GUGUUAAAAAAUAUAUUUCCUGUAGGAUCUUUACUAAUGAUGAAUUUGUUUUCUGUACAAGACGUUAUCAGGACCAACCAGGAUCCGGACAAAAGCCCCCUAGGACAAAAACAAAAAGGGGUCAAUUCAUGAUAGUACCCAUGUUUCGAUUUUUCCAUAAAAAAUACCUUUUUCCUAUGGUUCUUUUUGUGAUUCAAACAAAUCUGACCUUCGUUUCUGGUGCUAACCUAACCAAAACCUGGCUGCUAUCCUAAAUUGAUCCCCCAAAAGGUGUGUGUGUGUGAGGGACAUUAUCCUGGUGGACAAGAAGUUACCCCACCAUGUGAUGAUAUGAUAGAGCUACAAGAGGCGACAAAUAUACAACUUUUGACUGUCAGCGUUUCAAUAAUUAUGUGAGUGGAUUAGAAUAAUGUACAAGGAUUAUCGAGGAGCAGCUGUGCAGGAUGGACACUUGUAACAUGAUUACAAAGAAGAUUGGGACCCUCUUAGCCCCCUUCAUCCUUACAGUGAUGAUGCCAACCAAUUUACCCUCAAGCAGGAUGCCCCGAGGUUUCACACAGGAAGACCUUGAGUUUGGUAAACUUCUUAAGGGUAUCUCAAAAAUAGGCCAAAAUGUUAUGAUUGAUAUUGUGCGUACAAUGUAUUCACAUCCAACUGUGAAAUCUGAAAGAGGGACGAUGCAUUUUCGAGUUUAUUUAAAGACGGUUUUGAGCUGGAGCUCAGGCAAGGUAAAGUCCAAAUUUACAAAAUUGGAUGAGCCAUUUCUUGAUGAAAACUUAAUGACUCAAGAAUUUGAUAUAUCAUUUGGCUUUAGAGUGAUCACUGAGGUACUUUUUGACGUUUAUCCAUUGAGUUGUAAUUGUAAAGAUCAAAUCAAGUACCUGAAGACUCUGAGGAAUAAAGUAAGCCAUAAAUACAAUGAUCCUGAUUUAAAUUUCGAAACUGAAAUUGACCAACUCAAAACAUCCCUCAGGGAAAUUUAUGAAGGUGUUGGUGAAGUUUUGAAAGUAGACUUCACAAAAAAUAUUGCAAGCAUGGAAAGAUUUCUUCAUGAUAUCUGUGAUUCUCACUUUCGUCAAGAUGACAUGAUAAGUUACGAAGAAGACAUUCGAGAAUUUAAAGAGAGCAACGAACAUAAGUUGACUGUCAUUGGCUGUAAAGAAUUUAAGGAACAGUACUGUAAAUGCAAAGUACUCAAUCCAUGGACUUGCUUGACCGAACCUAAUGCAUCAGUUUAUAAGCGUGAUAUUGGUGGAAUAUUUACACCACUUACAAUUAAAGACUCAAACACAGAAAUUGAUCUGAAAGAGCUUCUGACAGUGAAGAAAAGGAUAAAUGGUAAAUUGAAAGUUCCUAAUGCUUUGUUACUCCUUGGUCCAGCUGGCUGUGGCAAGACCUCUAUAUGUCAUUAUAUUUUGAAUGACUGGUAUGGAAAAGGAGAGAAAAUUGCAGAGUUAAAGAACAUUCAUUUAGUAAUUCUUGUAGAAAUGCACAGAGUAAGAUCGAUGGACCUACAGGAAUAUCUUAUAAAGCAACGUAUUUACAAGAGAGACAAAGAAAUUGAACCUGAAUAUAUAAUUGACUCGGAUAAAAUAAUAUCAGUGUUGCAGGGCUUGAAUGUACUAUUUAUCAUUGAUGGUUAUCAUGAUGGUAAUGAAAAUUCAAAGUACAUAAUGGAAGAGAUCUUUGCAAAAUUUGGUGAUCAGCGUAUAAUUUUAACAACACUCCCCGAAUUUUGUGAAACUGCAGCUAUUCUGUCUAGAACUUAUAGUGUAGAAUAUCUCUCUGUUGAGAUUAAUGGCAUUGAUGGUUGCAGGCUAGAAGAAUUUACUGAAAACUUUUCCAAAUCAAUUGUGGUUGAUGAAAGUGACUACAAAAAUGAAAGUGAGGAAUUUUUGACACUCAUAAAAAACAGUACAAUUCUGAAAGAAUACCUUAAACUUCCUCUCACACUUGCACUUGUAAUUUAUCUCUGGCGAUACGAUUGUGACAUUCUAAAGAGAGUUAAAUGUGCCACAAGCUUAUAUUUUCAACUCUUCUCACUUUGUCAGAAGAAAUUGGUAACAUGUUUACAUAAUCACGAGACAAACAACAACUGUGUCUGGGAUCUUAUGAAGUGUCUGGGUAAACAAGCUUGGUCCUCACUACAAUCACAACAGUCAUAUGGUAGUUUUCUAUCGGGGUAUCAAAUAAAGGAGAUCGAAGAAAUGUGUGAGAAUCAAAAAAUUGAUAAAAAACAAUUUAUGUCUGCAUUUCUUCUGAGUGAAUUUGAUGAGGAUAGCAGCCCUGAUGAAUAUAGUUAUUCCUUCUUAAACAAAACUCAAAUGGACUUCCUUGCUGGUGCAUAUUUGGUGGAUCAAGUGAGAGAAAAGAGAAGUAUUUUGAGAAAGAUUAGUGAAUGGCAGAAGUAUCAUGAACUCAUCUUCUUUUUAACUGGUCAUAUGGCCAGACAGAAGAUAUUGGAUGAUAACAUAUCAAUCAUAUUUGAUUUAAUAAAUGAAGCAGAGGUUGAUGAUAAAAAUUUUAACUUCUGGUGGAGAAUUCUUCUAGAAUCAUGCCACAAUAAAAGUUUACGACGCAUUAUUUCUGAAGAUAAGUUAAGCCAAGAUCACUGGGAACUAGAUCAGUACCAAGUUGUGUCAGGGCUCAAACUUCUCGCCCACACUCCAGUAGAACUAGAGAGUCUCAAGAUUGAGAUACCCGGCGAUGUUGAGCCUUAUGAUAUUCCAGAAUUACUUGUUACGAUGCAAGAAAUGUGUUGCUAUCGUAAGAAACGGAAUCCCACAAAAGUAGAAUUACACCUUGUGCGACAUAAUGAAUAUAGUUGUGAUAAACUGUCUGAUGACUUUAUUGGCGCUCUUUUAAAAUGGGGUCGCCUCACACAUUUUACUGGCAGCCUCGGAGAGCAAGAGAAGAAUAAGGAAACCUUGGUUACCGGUAAAUGCUUCAAAUUGAAAACUGCCAGUGUCAGAAUAACAACUCCCAGAGCCCUCAGCUCUCUAAGUAACAGCUUGUCCAACAUAUAUAAAUCUCUCAAGCGCCUUCACAUUAUCCUCGCCUUCUCCCAAAAUUGUGACCCUAAAUCACUGCCAAAACUAAAAUUUAGUGGUGACUUGGAAAUCACUGUGCCAAACCUAAAGGAUGAAGACAAGGAGUGGUUAGCAGCAGUUGUCCAGCAAGUGUGUGGUUGGAGAAGAUGUGAACAUUUGACACUGUCAGAUAGUGAAGUUACAUUCUCAGGAAUAACUUGGCUUUUGAAUGAGUUGGAAAACUUGUGCAGUCAAAGAAUUUCUAUACAGACUAAUUAUGAACCUAGUGACCAAGAGAUGAACAGCCUGUAGUGGAAAUUUCACCUACAACUACCGUUUGUCGCUGACUAGCCGAUCCCUUUUCGGGUUCCCCAGCUAAUGCCUCGUGGUCUAAGGUCAGCUACUAGCGACGUCUGACAAAGCGGAGGUCAGCUAUCAAGCCAUGCCUACCUCCGCUAUAUAGGACCUCACCUCGCCGUGACCUGCCCUCUUCUACCUACAGUCACGCAGCAUUCAACACCACCUCUGAGCUCUCUCUACUCCACGCUUCUAACCACGCAGCAGCUUCCUAGCACCAAGCUGCACUGUACAUUCAAUAUAAUAUGUGUGCAGAGAACGCAUUGUGAGUUUCCUUUCUCCAACCCAUCCUGAGUGUGAGACAACAUCUCGAAACCCCACAAGCCUAUCACGGGAGGAAAUGACUAUCGGCCAUUUUUUUAAACACUCGGGGCAGCAAACCCGAAGAGCAGUCCUGAAUGUCGGGUUACUGUUUGGUAACCCGACAAGUGGAUUCGUCAAAUUCGAAUAUCAAUCCCAAACAUCGGGUUACUAUUUAGUAACCCGAAUGCCGCAACUCAAGAGGGUUGGUACGCCUUAUUCAAGAUAAAUAUAAACAAACCAGGUUGAUCUGCACGCCAAAUUGAAGCAGAAACAUGAGUUGUGGAGAUAAAAGUUCGUCUUCAAAGGAGAAGGCAGACACCACCACCAAUUAUGCCAGCAUCUGCACCAGCAGGAACACUUAGAUCAACUGAUCCAACAUCAGGAUCACCCGUGCCACCAACAGUAGCAUCAACAUCCAGUCACAGGGGGAAGAGAAUGAAGCAAGUGAACAAGAGGAAUGAAUGCUUCAUUGCCAUUAUUAAGGACAGUACACAAGAACUGAAUGGUGCUAUAUUGGAGGUUUUAAAGGCCUUCAUUAGUAUGUACAAUGCAUUAUCAGCACAAUCUGUGUGUUAUAUAUUUAGAGCAAACAUUAGAGUGGUGGACCAGUGGCAUGUCAAGAGUGCAGCCAUAAUUCCACCUCUGGCUGUGGGCAAUCAAGUUAAAUUAUGGAGACUUUACCAUCAGUGUCAUAAAUGAUUAUUUAUAAACUGUGAUUUUUUCUAUCUCUCUGUUUACUAUUUUUCUUAGGCACUUAAUGGAGAAUAUGAAGUAUUUUUUAUGUUCCAACAUUUAUGUUCUUUUUUAUUCUUUUGUGAAAACAAAUACGCAGAUUCUUUCAACUUAAUUUGUGAUAUAAUGUCAGAUACAAUAAACAGUACUGUGUAUUGUACACUCAUACUUAUUGGAGAAAUUUGAUUGUCUUUUUUAAUCUGUUUACAGUUUUAUUUUUUUUGCACUUAAUGGAGAUGUAAAUCAUAUUUUGUACUGUCAAACAUUUGUUAUAAUUUUUUGUUCUUUUACUUUUUGUGAACCAAAAUAGGUUCAACAUAUUUUUUGCUAGAAUUUCAUAUACAAUAUACUGUGUAUUAUAUACUCAUACUUAUUUGGGAAUUUUAAUCAUUCUUUUAUUUCACAUUUCUUUUGUACUUUAAUUACAAUUUCAAUACAUAUACAGUACAGUACAAUACUUCUAACAUCUUUCAAGAAUGAUAAUUGCUAUAACUGUAUUUGCAAUUUCAAAUUAAGUAUGAUUACUAUUAUUUUAUAUACAGGACUGUACAGGUGCUGUGAUAAAUUUGGUUUUACUGCUUUUUCUUAUUUAGAGGAACUAAAAUUAUUUAGGGAUUUCUCUGACUCUUGCAAACUAUUUUAGUACUGUACAGUAUAGUAUCUGUACUGUGAUAUAUUUUUCUAUAGUCAUGUUUGAAUUGAAAUAUUGUUUCAAGUUGUAAUGUGAUAAUGUUUGGAGGAAAUAAAAUGUGUUAGUUAAAGCCAAAAAAUUUAUUGGAAAAUAACUUUGAUAAUAAAAUCUAUUAUCUAAAUUUUUUUACCAAA